AUGGCUUCCAGGGCACAGCAAAUUGUCGAUGACCUCAAUACUACAAUCACCAACUUGGAUUUUGAGCGUUUUGAUCCACCUGUACUCCUAGCACCCACCACAGUACAGGAUGAGUUCAAUCUAGCACUUGGGCGUCCUCUGGUUACAAAUGUGAAAUCAUAUGUUGUGGCUGUGGCUGAUGUUGUGUCUGUGGCUGAUAUUGUAGAUGUGUCUGAUGUUAUGGAUGUCCCUGGUUCCAAGGAAUUCAAGACGGGUCCUGUCGACUUCGGAAUUGCCUAA